AUGAAUCACGCCGGAGCCCAAGAGAUCCGUUUCCGCUGCGCAAUCGCCGCCAUCAACGACGAAGACACCAUCCGCGUCUUCUCGCAGGACACCUCCGGCAAAAUCCGCGAAGCCACCUGGCAGAACGGCAAGUGGACCGGCGGCACCGCCGACCGCGAUGUUGUUGCGACGGGAAUCCUCGGCAGUCCCAUUGCAGCCCUUUGUCGUGAGGUGGAUGAGAUGAUGCACGUCUUCUACAUCGGCGAGGGAAACGUGGUGAAGCAGGUGUACCGCGACUCAAAGGGCAAGUGGUGCGAGGGGGAUCUCGAUAGGGAGAAGAUCGUGGUUGCGCCGUAUGCGAUGAUGUGUGCGUGUUUUGUUGAGGGGUCGAAUCGGUCGAUGAGGGUGUAUGUUCAGAUGCAGGAUAAUAAUAUCCAGGAGUUUGGAUUUGAUGAUUCGCGCCGCGAAUGGGUCAAGAUGGCGAAUGUCUGCAAUGCCCUUCCCGGCACUGGGUUGGCUUGUGUGGCUAUGCCGGGUGGCGAUAUGCGUGUCAGGCUCUUCUGCCAAAACGAGCGACUGGACAUCGUUGAGCACUGCUGCCGUGACGACCGCACCUGGCAGCGCGGCCGCCUCUCCAUCGAAAAGGCCUUGCCCCGAACAGACCUAACCGCCUUUGUCUGCGGCGAGACCGAGACGAAAGUGUACUACGUCGACCGCGAUAACCAGGUCAAGGAGGUGUUCUCCAACAACUCGGAUGGCUGGAAACAGGGCGAGUUCAACCAGCACUGUGUCCCGGGUAGUCAGGUUGCGGCUGUCAGCUGGGGACCGCGCAAGGAGUGUAAUAUCCGGGUAUAUCUCCAGAGCGGACAUCAGGUUACAGCGAUUACUGAGUGGAAGUAUCACGCUGGUCAUGGUGGGAAGUGGGAGGAGGGGCAGAGGGGGCUUCCGCCUGCUCAGUAG